AGGUUCAUCACAAAAGAUGCCAAAGUCUCCUCCCCCAGUAGCACCUAAACCAAGAUCAUUAUCACAAAGUGGACGAUCUCAGCCAUUGUCAACAGCAAGUAAACCACGACCACUUUCACAAACUGCCCAACCUCCACCAACUGCAUCUAAACCACGUCGACCAUCACUAACUACACAACCUCCUCCAAAAGCACCUAAGCCAAGACGAUCUCAAGAUUCAUCAUCAGCUCCACAUGAUCCUACAGCAGCAGUACUGCAAGAUAAGGAGGGGAAGAAAGAUCCAUCAUCAUUAGAACCAAUGGAAGGAUCAAUGUCACCAGAAUACAUUACAAUGAAAGAGAUGUUAGCUGAUCUUGUUGAUCUAUUGGCAGAAAAUGCUCCAGUUAUUUCUCAGAUAAAUAAUCAUCUCUUUUCAUCUGAUCUCAUUCCUAAAGCAGUACAUGUUACUGUGGAAAGUACUGCAGGACUCACUCCUUAUGAUAGAACUAAUAAAAUAUUCUCUUCAGUACUAGCAACACUUGAGUGUCAUCCUAAUCCUAACAGUGUGUUCUCUUCUCUCGUUACUUCACUACAGAAAGUAGGACUAAAGAACAUGGCAUCUAAACUAAUGGAAAAAUUAAAAAUGAAAGGUGGUCAUGUUGAUGCUAAUCUAGAGCAGCAACCAUCAGUCAGUGAGGGACCACUUCAACCAGUGGGUGUCACUGCACAAUCUCACACACCACAACCAACAAUCACUGGAUCACAAUCAUCUACUCCUACUACUGUCAUUGAGCUCAGUUCAAAGGAUGAAGUUGCUGCCAAUAUUGGAGGUCUUAAUUCUCGUUUUGCAUCUCUUGAUUCUAAUAUAAGAGACGAGUUUGAGGAGCUGGUGGAAAAGGGUAAAGUGAAACUUAAAGCUGAAGUACAAGUGAUUGAGUCUAACAGUAAAUAUUUUUAUAAAAAAAAGAAUCACAAAAAGGCAAAAUGCUGCCAAAAAUUGUAAAAAUAUAGGAAUUAUAAGUUAUUAUACACUAGGAUCAUUGUACGCCCUCUAAUAAAAAAUUAAAAAAAGAAUGAAAAAAUUACUACCAGAUCCAUGUAUAAUGGCAUAUGCUUACAUUAGCUUGUGCUUUGAAGUUCUGUUGUCCACAGAAUUAUAUACUGGAAUAAUGGACCAAGGA